ACACCAUCGGGAGGACGGCAGACAGUUGGCCGCCUCAGUACGAGGUGGCCUCCGCGACUGUACGGGACGUACGUACCGGUAGUCGUCGUUCCGACGACGACGGCAACGACCACGACUGCAACCACGGUCGUAAUUACGGCCACGAUCGCGAAGGGGACGACGUCGCUCGCCCCCUCCGGGACCGGUAACUGCACUUUAUGACUGUAUUCGUCUGAGUCGUUGGUAAAGUGGUUCCCCCCGUACGAUGAAAUAGUCGCGGCCGCUUCGGGUCUGACCGGGAUCGGAAGACGCGCGUGAGGACCAGCUCAUUACAAGUCUUUUGUGAAGGACCGUGGUUCUGGUAGCGUGGGGCAGGAGGACAAGCAGGAGUGGAAAGGAAAAAGCGAGUAAGGCAGAAGCGGACUCGGUGAGUUGGUUGAAAAUCGAUGGCCAUCAGCGCCCAUGGGCGGCCUCGCGUUUAGAACAAGGAAUAGCCCCUCCCAGAAGACCUCGCUCCGGUGGGGUGACUGCUGCCCCCCGAGUCCCAAGCCAGCGUCGUUGUCAGCCUGGAAGAGCCGUCAUCAAGACAUGCCGCCGGUGCCCGUGUGAGGCUGCCCCCCGCUGUUGCGUGAUUGUACCUCGCGGGGAUCUCAGAGGUAUCCGGGGGAUCCUAAAGCGGAUCAACCGCCAAACUUGCCGGACCUACGUCUCCGUCAACUCGAGCUCGCGCCGGUGGAUCCCUAUUCCCCGAAGAUGAUCAACAUCGCAGGUGUGGUCUCGAUCGUUCUGUUCUACCUGCUGAUCUUGGGCGUGGGAAUAUGGGCGGCCAGGAAGAAGGAGGCUGGCAACGACUCCGAGGAGGAGGUGAUGCUGGCUGGCCGCUCGAUCGGACUCUUUGUAGGGAUAUUCACGAUGACGGCGACCUGGGUCGGCGGCGGUUACAUCAACGGCACCGCCGAAGCGAUCUACACGAGGGGCCUGGUCUGGUGCCAGGCGCCCUUCGGAUACGCCCUCAGCCUCGUUUUCGGUGGUAUUUUCUUCGCGAACAAAAUGCGACAGCAGGGGUACGUGACAAUGUUGGAUCCGCUUCAAGACGCGUUCGGCGAGCGGAUGGGCGGUCUCCUCUUUCUGCCCGCUCUUUGCGGCGAGGUGUUUUGGGCGGCAGGCAUCCUCGCAGCCCUUGGCGCCACGCUGGCGGUCAUCAUCGACAUGGAUCAGGGCACCUCCGUCAUUCUGAGCGCCUGCAUCGCGGUUUUCUACACUCUCUUCGGCGGUCUCUAUUCCGUCGCUUACACCGACGUCAUUCAGCUCUUUUGCAUAUUCAUCGGUCUGUGGAUGUGUAUUCCGUUCGCUUGGGCCAAUCCAAAGGUGCAGUCUCUCAGUUCCAUGGACGUUGAUUGGAUCGGCAAGGUGGAACCUGAAGAGUAUUGGUUUUACGUGGAUUAUGGUUUACUUUUGAUAUUUGGCGGCAUACCUUGGCAAGUGUACUUCCAACGCGUUCUCUCCUCGAAAACCGCGGGGAGAGCUCAAAUAUUGAGUUACGUUGCCGCUAUGGGUUGCAUCCUCAUGGCCAUUCCUCCCGUCCUGAUUGGAGCGAUCGCCAAAGCAACUCCUUGGAACGAAACAGGAUACACUGGCGCUUAUCCUUUCACGGAAAAGGAGACUAGCAUGAUCCUGCCGCUGGUUCUGCAAUACUUGACACCAGACUUUGUUUCCUUUUUCGGGCUGGGUGCAGUAUCAGCGGCAGUGAUGUCCUCUGCGGAUAGCAGCAUUCUCUCCGCUAGUUCGAUGUUCGCCAGAAAUGUAUACAAAUUGAUCUUCCGUCAGCGGGCGUCGGAGAUGGAGAUCAUCUGGGUGAUGCGAGCGGGGAUUGGGGUGGUCGGCGUGUUGAGCACUGUGAUGGCUCUCACGAUACCGUCGAUCUACGGCCUCUGGUCAAUGUGCUCGGAUCUGGUCUACGUGAUCCUGUUCCCGCAGCUGCUGAUGGUGGUGCACUUCAAAGAUUACUGCAAUACCUACGGCAGUCUGUCGGCAUACAUAAUCGCCUUCGUGGUGCGCAUCAGCGGCGGCGAACCGAUGAUGGGUCUGCCCGCAUUGAUUCGCUACCCGGGCUACGACGAAGAGUCAGCUACGCAGAUGUUCCCGUUCAGAACGAUGGCGAUGUUAAUGUCGCUCGUGACUCUCGUUGGCGUAUCAUGCGGCACACAGUUCGCCUUUCUGACCGGUCGACUGGCGCCGGGCUACGACGUCUUCAGAUGCGUGGUCAAUAUCCCGGAGGACGUCGAACGAGUUGGCCCGGACCCCGCCGAAGGAGAGCAGAUGGCGGUCCUAGCUGGAGGCGUCGGCAAGCUCUAUGGCAGCAAGGACGAAUCGAACGGCCGAGUGAAUCCUGCGCUCGAGCCGGACUACGACAUGGAGCCGGGAUGUACGAUGGUCGGAGCACCGGAUGGUGUUGUCGCUGGCGGAGGUGGCGUUAACAGCGGCGGCGGCGGCGGCGGCGGCGGCGGCGGCGGCGGCGGCGGCGUAGGAGGCGCCGGAGGACACCUGGUACCGCACGUGCCCGGCGCACCUCGGCAACCACAAUCCAGCACCGCGUUCUAACUCCUGGUUCCGUGAUCGGAUGCUGUGACCAACAAUAAGUGUGGCGGUGCGGACCUCUGUAUAUUUCGUUCUAUCCUCCGUCUCUCUUCUUCCUCCGAUACUCCUCUUCUUCUCCCACGCUACGACGAGUACUUUGCGUUAUCCCGGCUUUCUUUCGACUUUACUCCUCGUUGAUGAUAAUGUUGCUGUUGAUCUUUGAUUAAAACCCAUUAUCGGAUUUUCUUUUGUUCCUCAAGACGACUUGUAGAUAUAUAUGUAUCGCGCGCCUCAUUUUAGUUUCAACUUGAACGUUUUUAUUCGCUACGGAUUUUUUUACGAAAUAACUGCCCCAGCUGAGGAAUUUGCUGUUUUUUACCAGAAAGAUAUCUUAUCGCGGAUUGAAAGUUGGUACACUAAAAUGUCCAGUCUGUCUCCGCUUCAUUGCACCUCACAUUCUGCAAAUCAACGACGCUUUCUCCGAUAACGUAUUUUCGCAAAUCACAAAAAUAACAACUUUCCGAAAGCAGCAUAAAUUAUUUAAAAGAAAGGAACUAAAAUUCUUCUUCCUUAUUCGUUUUUAACUUUGUCGAUUGGUACGAAAAUCCUCCGUGUCCAUUUGUUGUCCAAAUCCGUUUCGCAAAUCCCUUUUCUAUCCGCCCUACAAACACGGAGCUCCGAGACGAGCCAAUGCGGUGGCCUGCGGUAAGUCCGACAGAAAGUUUCUUUCGUACUUUUGUGCGCGUGUGUGUCUAUGAUUGUGUCUAUGUGUGCCUGUUGUCUGCAUGUGUAUGCGCACGCUGCUGGUGCCCGUGUAACGACCUGUACCUGCCCGCGUCUGCUCGCACUCGCGCUCUCAACACCGCUGAAGGCGAGCAAUAAAUAAAGAUGAAAGAGAUAAAGAAGAAUGAAGUAGAUGAGGAAAGAGACCGGAAGCGGAAAGUAUGCGCGAAGCGAACAAGGACAAGGGGAUAAGCGUAACGUUUCCAAACCGAAAGUCGGAGCUUCGAACGUACUCGGGUCGGACAUCCCUACCCCGCACCGCCAACUAGGCCUAGUGAUUUCCUUGUUUUCUUUUUGGAGAAGUAUAUAUAUAUAUAUAUAUAUAUAUAUAAGCAUAUAUAUAUAUAUAUAUAUAUAUAUAUAUAUAUAUAUAUA